GAAGAUGCGGCGUGUCGCUCGUUGGUUGUGCGCUCUGAGGCGUCACCAUCUGACAUCCAGCAGCAGAGCUCCAUCCAUGCGUCCUCCCCCCCGGUCUCCACACAUUGUAGAAACAGCUGUAGAUCGUGAACCGCGGAGUGCUUGUUUUACGGAUUACAUAGACACCGGCUGAAACUCCUGGGUGGGCAUCCAGCAGCGAGAGACAGGCAGCGCUACUUUUUGCUUAUUCUUUGCUGUAUUAAGUUUCCCCGCUUCACAUUUUUUGUUUGGAUCACUUCCAAGAACAUCAACCAUGGCGAGACGCUUUCUUCACACUCUGAAUGUAUUAAUAAUGCUGGAGUUGAGCUCCGGCAAAAUGGUAUCUGAGGAUUUUGGUCAAACCGUGCGUCUAGGUACCGAAGACUUAGCGGCUGCGGAGCAGGGUGUCUUUGCGCACGAAGGCGCAAACCGGGACAUGGUCUCCAUCAACAUGUUCAAAGUGUACGAGAAGUACAGCAAAGAGCCGCAGAGCCAGAGGGACGGAAACACUGUGAGGAGCUUUAAGGCUGUCCCGAGAGUAUUUCAUGGCAAAGACGUGUUCCAGUUCAACCUGUCAACCAUCCAAGAAUCAGAGCUCAUACUCCUCGGCUCUUUUCAUUUCCUCAACAAGCGGCCCCGCCACCACCAGCGGCCGCUAAGUUUCCGACGGCCUCGCCACCCAUCCGCCAGCCUCCAGCAUCUUUAUCCUCCCUCCCCGCAGCUCCUCUUCCAUGGAUCCUCCUCCCCAGACUUGACUUUUGCAACAUCACUGGGGAACUUAACUCUGGCUCCUUUCAAGAAAGGCUCUUGGCAAACAAGGGAUGUAACGGCGUUGCUGAAACACGCCAGGGAUUGCAAACAGCUCGUGGUCACUGUGGAGUUUGAAAUGGGUUUUGCGGCAGUGCGAGGACAGCAACGGAGCCCUCAUGGCCAAGAGCGUCUCUCCUCGACCAACCUCCCGUACCUCUUGGUGUACGCUGACGACCGAGCAAUAGAUGAGCCAAACAGCGUGGCCAAGUCACUCCAGAGGUACGCAACCUUCCCCGUGGCAGAGGACGUGUCCUCCUCGGCCUCAGCCUUGAGGAUCCGGAGGGAGCUUCAUCUCCAAAUAAAAACCAACGACAUUCCAGAGGUCCAGUACAACACCUUGAAGAAUCACGAGCUGUGGCAGAACACAUACUUUCCGGCGAAGGCUAAAGCAGCAGUGAAGCCAGGAAAGAAGCACAGUUUGACGAGCAGCAAGGGCCCAGGGAAGCCCCAUGUGCUGAGCUUUGAUGAAAGGACAAUGAAAAAGGCCAGGAGGCGACAGUGGAGCGAGCCCAGAGUUUGCUCCAGGCGAUACCUCAGGGUGGACUUCGCCGACAUCGGCUGGAGUGAGUGGGUUUUAGCGCCAAAAGCAUUUGACGCCUACUACUGCGCAGGGCCCUGUGGAUUCCCCAUUCCCAAGGUGGCGCUUCCAUCCAAUCACGCCACCCUCCAGAGCAUCGUCAGAGCGGUGGGAAUUGUCCCUGGCAUCCCCGAGCCAUGCUGCGUUCCGGAAAAGAUGAGUCCCCUCAGCGUCCUCUUCAUCGACACAAACAGGAAUAUGGCGCUAAAGGUUUACCACGGCAUGUCCGUGGACACCUGUGCCUGUCGGUAGUGCUGGAGACGGCAAGGAGUGCCAUCUAUGAAGAUAAAGGGUUGUGAGGACGACGUAUAUGUGGAGUACAUCAGGAGGGCAUUUCCACCUCAAAGAGGACGGUGACAAAUACGGCAAAAGGGGGACACUUGAGUCUCAGCUUGAGAACUCUGUUGUGAAGCUUGAACUAGCCUCGGUCAUGAAGCCGCGGUGACCAAACACUUUCCAUUAAUGUGUUUUCUCCACCCGGGCCACCGUCAAUUAUUGUUCUCUCUUCAUCCAAAAGCAGUUCAAAGAGGUGCACUUAAUAAAAACCUGUUCAUGCAUUUAAAUGACUGUUUGGAUGUUAAAUUUGGGUAAAAAAAAGAUCCUGCAGGUAAAUCAUCUGUUGACCCCUUAUGAACUUCCUUUGGUCUUUUUCAACUCACCUCACUUUUAUAAAGUGGUCUUCCCAGCUCUCAUAUUAGACGAGAUCAUUAUUUUCUUUGGCCUGGUUUUGGGAAUAUAUAAACUCAAUUAAACUCAAAGUCUGGGUUUUAACUGUUCCCAAACCUUUAGACAUCAAUAUCCUCCGUUUAUACUCUGCUUGCCCCUGUCGAUAGGAUUGAACUGAUAUUUGGAAACAGUGAUGAUCUGCCAACUGACUCUGAUAGAGGGUCUGAUGGACACAGAAGCUGUAUGGCAGCACUUUACUUUCUACCAAAUUAAUCCACCCACAUCAUGUAAAUGAUGUUGUUACUAAUGCUUACUAAAUGGUACUUAUUCUUAAGUAAUGCCUAAUUGUUGCCAUUGAAAAUCACCCUUAUAUUGGCAAGAACCGUUAUUCAUGCAUGAGAUGUAAUAUCGUCUUUGAACUAUAUUUCAAUAACAUUUUAAAAUGUUCUAUAAUUCAGUGUUCUGUCACCCACUGAGCUGUAAUGUGUUGCUCGCUCUGCUACAGCACACAUGGAAAAGUGGUGCAUUGCUGCCACCUGCUGUGCAUUUUGGGAAAGAUGAACAGACAACCAUUUAACAUGAGUUUUUGUACUUCCUGAUGCUACUCGGUAUUUGUCUUUGAUACAUUAAUACUGUUUAUUUAAGAAGACAUGUAGGGUACGGUUUGUAAUGAUAGUUAUUUUACGUAGUAAGUAAAAAGGGAUAAAUGUAUCUACCUUAUAACUGAAUGGCUCAAAGUGUAUCUGAAGAGUUGAGUGAUGUGUGCUUUGACACAUUGUAGACAUAAUGCGUGUCUGAUAAGGAAAUAAACUGAACUGUACAUAGGGUCACAGACACUUGCUGACUUCCUUAAGCUAAUAAAACAUAUAUAAAUCAAA